UUUUUAUUUAUUUUUUUCUGAUUUUCUCCAUCCCGCUGCUGGAGAUCUCCUGCUUCCUGCAUUCGCAGCCCUCCGAGUAACAGAAAGACCGAAAAUCCCAAUAUCUCAAAAUCUCAUCUCUAAUGGCUACGAGAUAUUGGAUAGUCUCUCUCCCCGUCCAAAGCACCCCUGCUUCUCUCUGGUCUCGUCUGCAAGAAGCCAUCUCCAAGCAAUCCUUCGAUACUCCUCUCUACAGAUUCAAUGUGCCGGAUCUCCGCGUCGGCACCCUCGAUUCUCUCCUAUCCCUCAGCGACGAUCUCGUCAAGUCGAAUAACUUUGUGGAAGGAGUUUCGCAUAAGAUAAGGCGUCAGAUCGAGGAAUUUGAGAGGGUGUCUGGUGUCGAGAGUGGGGCCCUCACCGUCGAUGGAGUUCCCGUCGAUUCUUAUCUCACCAGAUUUGUUUGGGAUGAAGCUAAGUAUCCGACAAUGUCCCCACUUAGGGAGAUUGUUGACAACAUUCAUGUUCAAGUAGCCAGGAUUGAGGAUGAUCUGAAGGUUCGUGUUGCCGAGUAUAACAAUGUUCGUAGUCAACUUAACGCCAUAAACAGAAAGCAAAGCGGAAGCUUGGCUGUACGCGAUCUUUCUGGUUUAGUGAAGCCAGAGGAUAUUAUUAUGUCAGAACAUUUAGUAACUCUCCUUGCAGUUGUUCCGAAGUAUUCACAGAAGGACUGGCUAUCAAGCUAUGAAACACUUGCUACCUAUGUGGUUCCCAGGUCCUCCAAGAUGUUGCAUGAAGACAAUGAAUAUGCUCUUUACACUGUAACACUAUUUGCUAAAGUUGCUGACAACUUCAAAACAGCUGCACGUGAGAAAGGAUUUCAGAUCCGGGAUUUUGAAUAUAGUCCAGAAGAUCAAGAAAGUCGAAAGAGAGAGUUGGAAAAAUUGAUGCAAGAUCAGGAAACCAUGAGAAGCUCUCUUUUGCAAUGGUGCUAUGCCAGUUAUGGGGAGGUUUUCAGCUCCUGGAUGCACUUUUGUGCUGUACGUGUCUUUGUGGAGAGCAUUCUGAGAUACGGCUUGCCGCCAUCAUUCUUGGCAGCAGUAUUGGCUCCAUCUGUGAAAAGUGAGAAGAAAGUGCGCUCGAUCUUGGAAAGCUUCUGUAACAAUGGAACUAGCACCUACUGGAAAUCUGAGGAUGAAGUUGCGAUGCCCGGUCUUGGUGGGGAAGCUGAUACUUAUCCAUACGUCGCCUUCACAAUCAACCUCAUCUGAUCUGAAUCAAAAUCCCAGCUCGAUCUGUUUAAUUCGUGAGUUCGAUGAUUUACUCUUAUCCUGCAAUAAUACACGAUGAAUGGGAUUAGAAAACUGUCUUUACACUGUAUAUUAGUAUACUCUAUACCCGAUUCUUUUGUAGUUCAUCUCUAUAUCUUGGACUAUCUCAAUCUGUCCGAUGAUUUUGAUUGGAGUGA